AUGGAGCAGAUCUGCUUGACUACGUACAUGUCAAUCAAUGGUUUGAAGGCCCUGGUUCUUUUCGACUCAGGCAGCACUACUGACUCCAUUAGUCCCGACUUUGCCAAGGUUGCAGGAAUAAAGGUGCACAAAUUAGAGAACCCCACGGUAUUGCAGCUGAGUUGCAUGGAAAGCCAUUCACGCAUCAGCUUUGGUGCAAGCAUCCCCAUAGUCUGCACUGACAUCUAUGUGAAUGCUGUGAACCUUAACCGCUAUGACGCAGUGUUAGGCACACCCUUUAUGCAUAAGUUUGGUGUGUAUUUGGACUUCGAAGAUUCGGCCAUUCGCCUGCGUAGUCAGACAAUCACAGCAUUGCUCUCACGUGAGGAAGAGGCUGGGGCUCACUGGUGUAAAUGUGAUUCUUCCGCUCCUGCUUCUAGCACGAUGCACAUGUCGAUGGCCACCACGUCAUCAUCAAUUGCUGCGUGA